AUGGCCGGAGCAGCCGUGGGGAAAGCGGGGCCGGAGCCCGACAGCUCCGAGGAGGAGCUGGACGCGAGGGAUGCACCCCAGGAGUGCUACAGGCAAGGUUUGUGGGUGUCCCAAGGCAGGGAAGCAGACGGCAGCCCGGGGGACACGGAAGGGAUGAAGGUGAGGAAGAGGAGCAGGCCGGUGCGCUCCAAGGCCAGGAGGAUGGCUGCCAACGUCAGAGAGCGAAAGAGGAUUCUGGACUACAACCAAGCCUUCAACGCCCUGCGGCUGGCCCUCAGGCACGACCUCGGCGGCAAAAGGCUUUCCAAAAUCGCCACCCUCCGGCGAGCCAUCAACAGGAUUGCGGCGCUGUCGCUGUCCCUGCGCGGGCGCUGCUGGCCCUGUGCCCACUCCGAGUGCCGCGCCCGGGCCGGGGUCCCAGCGCAGGAGCCGGGGCUGAGGAGCAGCCGCCCCCCGCUGCCCUGGGAGCCCCUUUCUGCCGGGACACGGCGCCCUCCGUCCCCUCCGUGCGCGGCGUUCCCCCCGCAGAGGCAGCUCCAUCCCUACGAGAGCCCGCAGGAGAAUCCCCCCGUGCCCAGCCGCGCCUGCUGCUCCGGCGGGCUCCAGCAGCGAUCCACGGGCAGCCUGGCAGAGCCCCUGGCCGGGGCUGUGCCCUGGCAGCCGGGCUGCUGCCAGGGCUGGGGACAGCAGCACAGCCUCCCCACGCACUGA